ACUGGAUUCCUGGGUAUUUUGAGCGCUCGACUCAAGUGCUUUCGUCACCGUCACCAUUACGGCUUAUAGGACAACUUUCCUAGUUCCUGGCUUGUAUAUGUUGUCAGGUUUCGACUGACGGCAGUUGACGAAGAAGGUGUGCAAGUGUAUGCGUAAAUAUUCUGCUCUACUUAUUGUGGUUUUUCAUUGGGAAGUUAUUGUAACCCUUCAAAUAAACUCUUAUCGAUGGUGUAAAUCAAUAGUAACAGGCCAGUUGUGACAUUUACCACUAUGUAUCCAUAAAUAUCCUGUGUUGUCACUGUUUUGGUGACAGAACAUUGAAAAAAUUCUCUAUAGGGAUCAACGUUAUAUUUAGUGACCAGUUUUUCUUUAUUUUACUGUAGAAGAAUUCAGCAAAGAUUUAUCUGUUUUACAUUUGAGUUUAAGGUAUUAUAGCCUGUGCGCAGUGUCUUUUGCUUUAACGCCACAAGGUGUUUAAGUUGGUCGCAAUUCUAAACGUUACGAAAUAUUUCCAGAAUUUCUUUUUGAUAACCGAGUUAAGUACAAUAUUCAGAUGUGGUGUAUUCUCGUCUACUUAAUGAUUUUCACUAGAGAUUCAGUUUUAUUCUGGUUUCUUGGAGAUACAAAAUCUUGCACUAAUAGUAUCAACGUGCUGUCUUUGGUCGAGUUAGCAUUGUGUUUUUUCCGAAACGCACUUUUGUAAAUUCAUCUAGCACCAAUGAAAGAGGAAUCAAGCAAUUUCCGAGAAAGAGUUCUCAAUUUAUUCAAAUCAUCAAAAGGGGCUCUCACCCAAAAGCAUUUUGAAAAGGAAUUUUCAGAUGUUUCCCUCACUACCAUACUACCCAUCUUGAAUGCUUUGCAAAAGGAGGGCAUGCUGGAUGUUCUAGUCAAUGCAGAUCGAACCUUAUCAUGGCAACUUAGGGAUCAAAUGUCAGCUGAGAAAUUGAAAAGUCUCUCAGAUUUGGAAGAGCGUUUGGUUUAUAAUUCCAUACGUAAUGCUGGUGAAGAUGCUGCGUCAGUAAAACUAAUUAGUUCGGAAACUAAGUUACCCCAGAACCGUAUUCCCAGAAUACUGAAGUCAUUGAUUUCUAAGAAAAUGAUCAAAGAGUUGCCAAUGGCUGUUGGUCACAAACAGAAAGUGUAUCUGCUUAUGGAGUUAGAACCUAGUGAAAAGUUAGCAGCAAACACACUGUUCGCUGGAGAAUCUGGUGUAGACGCCGAGUUCAUUUCUAUUUUGAGAACAGCAUGUUUAAAGUAUCUUCAAGAUAAGGCUAUUUCUUCUUCUCAUAUUGCUGACCCGCUGGAGCGUAGACUCGCUUCAUAUGUAUCAUGCGAAGAAAUUCAUCGAUUUAUAACUAACACAAAGAUUUGCACAGUGAGUUUCGAUUCGCAACAUCACUCAUAAUAUAAACUUUCAAAAUGACCUUACUUAAUGUAUGCAAACGAAUUCCACUUAGAUUUAUGGGGAGUUUCAGUUUAUACCUAAAUAGUUAGAUAUUUCACGCCAAUAUUUCGUCACUUAAUACCUUUAUGCCAAAGGACCAAUAUUUCCUCUUCUAUAAUCACUUUUACCGUCUGCUGUCAGAAUAUAAAACUAAUUUAUUGUGGUUUGUUGAGUUAACACAUAUAGUUGCUAUGAGUGUUCAUGAUGUUCAGUGCGUAUUGGAAGCUUUAAAGUUUGGUGGUGAAUUGGAGACACGUCUCAGUUCUGACAAUUCUGAUCAAAGUACUAGUUCGGGAAUACUUUAUCGACUUGCUACUCAAACUCCUUGUGCUGCCAAUUUGGCACAUAUUCCUUGUACCGUAUGCCUAUGCCGAAAGGAUUGUCGUCCUAAUGGACCGAUUAACCCUCAAUCGUGCCAACUUUUCCAAGCAUUUCUUGAGUUUUAAUAAGCAAAGGGAAUACCUAGCAACCGUAAUAAUUUUCUAUAACAUUGUACAUUUUCUUUAAGUUUUCUUAUUUGAGUCUUCUGUCUUGAGUCUUUCAUGUAUGCUGUCAUCAUUCUAAUUUUUUAACAUCAUUAUGCAUUUUUUAUGUCGUAUUUCUUAUCGUUUUAAAAAAUAAACAUUGUUGAGAAAUUCUGAAAAUGUAUUUAAUUAUUUAUUUAUCUUCAAAACGCAUCACUUACAGUCUAUUUCAGGUAAUUUGUCUAACUACAUUGUAUGGGUCUUUGAAAUUGAAAAUGCGUUC